UUACACCACAGCAAUGCAUUCAAGCUGAUGAACUAGGGUUAAAUUGCAAAAAAAAUAAAUAAAUUAGGAGUAACUGAAAAGCAAGACAGUUCGGGACAGUCAUGAGUACCAGUAGACAGAACAGCAGCUUCCUUUAGAAAUACUUCUCUGAGAAACAACAUUUUCCAUAAGACUGUGCUCAGGUAUUUCCUAGUCAUCAAUGAUCAAGCUCAACUGCUCCUCACCAGAGUCCCUGUACGUAACAGUGAACGCAUCAUGGUGCCCCAAAGAGGAAGAGUGUCUCAGCGCAAAGGACCUGGAAGACCUUUGCCUGAGCCGCAGUGCUUACCUGGAGAAAUACCUGGGUGUUUGCCGUUCACGCCUCUUUCUGCCAGUGUGCAUCACCUACGUGCUCAUCUUUGUAGUUGGAGUGCUGGGCAACGGCUUGACUUGCAUUGUCAUCACCCGUCACCGUGUAAUGCGCACAACAACAAACUACUACCUGUUCAGCUUGGCCAUUUCUGACCUCCUUGUGCUCCUGCUCGGUCUUCCAUUGGAGCUUUAUGAGCUCUGGAACAACUAUCCAUUCCUGUUUGGUGUUGCAGGUUGCUAUUUCAAGACCUACUUGUUCGAGACUGUCUGCUUUGCUUCCGUGCUCAACGUAACGGCGCUGAGCGCAGAGCGCUACAGAGCAGUCGUGCAUCCCCUCCAUGCCAAACAUGUGGCGACACAUGCUCAUGCCAAGCGUGUCAUCAUUGCAUUAUGGGCGGUCUCUCUGUUAUGUGCAUUGCCCAAUACCAGUCUGCAUGGUGUAGCAACGUUGCAACCCCGUUUUGGACUCACUUUUCCUGAGUCGGCCGUCUGCACCGUGGUGCGUGAUAGCUGGAUCUACAACCUGUUGGUGCAGGUGACGGCAAUGCUGUUCUUCAUACUGCCGAUGCUGACCAUCAGUGUGCUGUAUGUGCUGAUUGGCCUGCAGUUGCAUCGGGAAAGGGACUGUUUUGGUUCAAAGACUGGGCUGAAUCAGGAUGGGCUGCAUCAGCGGGCACGUCAUCGGCAAGUCACUAAAAUGCUCUGUGCAUUGGUGAUUGUGUUUGGAGUCUGCUGGGCGCCUUUUCACAUUGAUCGUGUCAUGUGGAGCUACAUUGAUAACUGGACUGUCGAGCAGGACCAUGUCUAUGAGUAUGUGCAUCUUCUCUCUGGUGUCUUCUUCUACUUGGGUUCAGUGGUCAAUCCCAUCCUCUAUAACCUCAUGUCAUCCCGCUUCAGAGAGAUGUUCCGUGAGGUGGUGUGUCAGAAAGGCCAUCGUCAGCUGUCCAUCAGUAGAGUCACGUUACGCAGUGUUGUAUCUGCCUCGCUCUCUGCCUCUCAUUCCGUCUCAUUUUCUGUCAAAUUCAAUUCUCGUGGGCUUCCACAAUCUCUCUAGAAACUACCAGGAUAUAUUGUCCAAGUUAUUGUAUCCCAAAGUAAAGUCUGUGACCAAAAACCAAAGCCAGCUGCCUUGCUUACUCUAUGUGAAAGUUUUAUUUGUCAAAUGUGCAACUACAUACUGCAGUACACACUAAACAGGAAGACUUGUUUAUAAUGAUGUGUGUUUUUCUAAGCUUCCAUUUAAAGUAACUAUUUUGAAGUUAAAGUGUAGUAUGUACUUAAAAAAACAGGUUUACUCAAUAUGUGGAAUUUGAACAACUAUUUUAAAGCUGUUACGAAUUUAAAUAGGUGGUGUUGUUGCAAUGAGCACUGACUAUAAGCUGUUCCAUAGUCAGUAGAUUUUUUGCUUGUAUGCUUUGAAGCUGUUGCCCAGAUGGUAAUCUUUUAGGAUGGACCUGGCCUUCCUGAGACAACCAUUUGAAUAAAUGUCCUGGGUACUCAGUAGUUCAUGGCCAGUGAUGGACUGUGCUGUCUUUUAUCACCCUCUGCAAGUCCUUGCAUUCUCAUACAAAGCUUAAUGACUUAGCAGAAAGUGUUUUUGUAUGAAGGUACUUCUAAAGUAAACUGGUUUCAGACAGGCUUCCAAGGCACCAUAAUGUCAUGUCUGGUGAUCUAGGACAAAGUGAACUUUAGAGAUAGCAAAGCAAAUAUUUAAAGGAAUAGACCACCCAAAUUGAAAAUCAUGUUUUUCCAAACUUUUAUAAUGUUCUUUCUUCCUUGAAACACAAAAUUACAUUUUAGGUGGAAUGCCUGAAGCUUUUCAUUUUAGCAUACAACACAAAUGGAUGGUGAUUAUACUUACAGGCUCCAAAAUCACUUGUGCACUAUAUUUUAAGUUUUUCAAAGUCAUACAAUAGCUUUGUGUGAGGAGCAAAGCGAAAUUUAAGUUGUUGUUCAACAAUGUUCCACUCUUCAGGAGCUCUCAAAUCUCAUUUGCUAUGAAGUUUUUCAAACAUGUGAAGUUGCCAUUGGUCAUGUAACACUCAAGAACCAAUGGUGUUUUUGGCGACUAUGAUGUCAACAACAUGAUGACACGGGAAGUCGGCAUGUUUCUACCGAACGUUCCAGUACCCUGACAUCGACCCCAUUCUGUCGAGUUGCUGAUAAGCGACAUCUCCCAUCAGAUAUUUUUGCAUCAGUUCAUGUGUGUUUACCUUUUCUUGUGGCAUGACCAAUAGAUUGCUGCGUCAACAGUGUCGGAGACCUAGAUUCCCGUCCUGUGUUGAAACCGGGAAGCAAUUGCAUUCACAUAAUCAACGAUGAGCGUGAUAUGAGUUUGUAUUUUCCCUCGAAGAUUGCGUUUUUACUCCACUAAUGGUUAGGUUUAAGUUUGGGUAGUGGACAGGAUGUGACGCAACAAAAAUUGUUUUGAACAUGUCUUGAUGCCUUGCUGUCAACUUAUACUCCCUUCAAAGGCAGAAUUUUCAGGUUUCAUAUACAGCCCAAAUCAGUUGUUGCUGCAAGUCAGAGUAAAUGGAGUCAGUUAUCUAAAUUAAAGGUGCACUCAGUAAUUUUUUCCCCAUUCAAACAUUUUUACUCCUAAAGAAACUGAUUGUAAUUUUGAAACAUAUGAAUAAAAUCAUGAGCACUCACAUGAAAUGAAGACUCCAGUCAAAUCAGUAACCUUGUAAAAGCUGUUUUAUUCUACAUAUAGAGGGUCCACUCAUGGGGGCUGCCAUGUUAAAGUCACAUGACUAGCCAAAUACUACUCGCUUAAUCUCAGUAACAGCACUGUUAUAAGGCACUUUCACUCUUGGAUUAAAUUAACCAUGGCUUAAUGUGAAUAGUGAAUUUCUUCAAUGGCAUCUGUAAUUGAAAACUAUUGAUGCUGCAUCCACGCUGCUAGGUGACAAUGUAAGUCGAAGAUGACACAAACAAAAAGUUACUGAGUGCACAUUUAACAUAAGGUGAGAUAAUUAAGUUAUCAUAUCAGUGUGUCAGUGUAUAUCAAUGUCAUCAAAUAUAAUUUGACCUUAUUUAGAAUUUUACCAGUAAGGUUCCCAUCAUUCUCACUGAAACCUUCCUUGCAGAUCUCUGAAUGUAAUCACUGUAAAUUUCAUAUCAACAAGAAUGCAUGAUGAGGUCACAUUAGAAAUGCCUGGGUUUGUUUAUAAAAUUAUGUCCAGUGGUGUUUUACAGUGUUUACGAAGUACUAUUCCUAAUCCUGUUGAGCAUUUAGAGAGUGUUCAAUGACUCACGACAUAUAUGGAAACUUUACCUCUACUUUGUAGGAAUGUAAAUAUCACAGCUACUUGUCAAUGUUUAAUAUUCAAAAUAUAUUCAAUAAACUAAUCAUUUUCUCAAAACGAGCUUAAGAUUUGGUUACUUGUCAUGUGCGAAGUGAAUUACUGAAUUUGCAAGGACAUUCAAGCAGCCCAGGAUAUGUGUCUUACUGAAGGGUAGAAUGGUGAUAAGAGACCUCUAUAACACCAUGGUUUAUGGGUCACCUCCAAAACUGGGGAUUUAUCAGCCUGAUCUCAUGAACAUUACUUGACCAUGGCAACAUUUUUGCAAAAUGAAAUUGCAUGCCUUGUUACACAUUUUGACUGCAGUUUCCCAGUGAAAUGUCCAGCGAGGGGCGCCAAAAGGGAGUGAAAUGGUGAAUCUUUGUUGAAGGUUUUAAUGAGUAAAACGUGCCUCCCUAAUCUAAAACUAUAACCAAAAUGUGAGCAGUAGGGUUUUAAAAGCAAAUGAGGUAAACAAAACAGACUUCCUUACCCUUAACCAGCACCUAAACCUAACCGAUAGUGUCCAAAAACAAAAUGAGAAAUGAAAAGCUCAUUUUCUGAAGCAACCACGUCAUCUUGUGUCGCUUCUAUGACACUUUUCUGCCUCAUGAGUCAGCUUGUGUGUUUGACUGUUCUCAAACCGCGGUCUUCUAGGUCUAAAGUCCAACACUCUAUGAGUCUGUAAGUUUGUUCAUUUCUGGUGUUCAUUUCACCAGGAAAGUGCGACGUGACGUAGUACUCGUAAUGUAAAAGUCAGUUUGCAAAAAUGUGGUUAUAGUAAUGCUAAUUCUAUGAGACUAUGCUGCAGCUAUCCAUAUGCUCAUAAAUACAGCAGGGCCUAAUGCAAAUUUGUCAAAUCCAUGGCAAUAUAAUUUCACUGAAUGUCAUUGAUUAUAUCUGAGAACUUUACCACUGCCAUAAUAUGCUGAAUAACGUCAAUAUUUCUUUUAUGUUCUUUCUUUUUUUUUUAUUCCUAUAGCCAAAACAAUCUUUGUGUGCAUGCCCUGGCUUUUGUUGUUGUCAUCAUUGCGUUGCUCAAUAAAUUAUGAAUUUAUUUUUAUUUUUUAAAUGUAAUUUUUUAUUUUUUAUUUUCUAGCCUUGAAAACUACUCAAAUCAUAUCAGUCUUAAUGUACUUAAUGUCAAAUUCUCUGCCUAAUUUUCUUUUUCAAAGCAAUAUGUAUCCAACCUCUAACUAUAAUAAACUGCAUAUCUAUAAUAUAUCUCAAAUGCUCCAAUAAACU